CUCACGUCUGUCCUCAGAACAGUGACCAAGCGAGUGUGGUCCCCACCACAGCGCCCUUUCAGGGUGUGUUGUCACAACAGGGAGACCAGGAAGGGCAUCACAGCUGGGACCCUGGAGGAGCUGAAAGAGAGGGUAUGUCAGGCGCUGCUGCUGUCCCUGUCUGCAGUGUCUCUGUGCCUGGUUUGUGAGGAGGAUGGUACAGAGGUGGACUCUGAUGAUUUCCUUAUCACUCUGCCCGACAACACCAUUCUCAUGGCUCUGGAGCCUGGACAGACAUGGAGACCACAGGCGGGUACAGUUGUGUAUAAAUCUCACAACAACAAACCAAGGACUGGGAAAGACAUAGCUCGCGUCACCUUUGACCUUUACAGGAUGAGCUCAAAGGAUUUGUUUGGCUCUCUAAGUGUGAAGGCAACAUUCCAAGGCCUGUACUCUGUGAGCGCCGACUUCCAGUGUCUAGGGCCCAAGAAAGUCCUCAGAGAAGUCCUACGUGUAGCCUCCACCCUCCUUCACGCUGCUGGGCACCUGCUUAUCACAUCCGCCUCCAUGAUCCGCCGCAUUAUUGAAGGUGCUGAGUUCUGGCAGCCGCAGAGGGCAGAGUACAGAGUCGGCCGAGACUGACAGAGCCCAAAGAGCCCCGUCAGAGCGUAACCUGGUUUGACAUCCUUACUGACUUAUUAGGAAGUGGUAGGUUUGUCUGAGAUGUCCUGAAUUUAUAGUUUUCAUUUGGACUCUCGUUGAUUAAUCAUUUUGAUAUUGACCUCCUUAACAUGGGAGAGAGAGCAUGAAUAUCUCUUAAGAAAUAUAUGUAACCGUGUACCAUAUUCUACCCUUAUAUAUUCUUUAUUAUGGCAGGUUAUAAACUGAAUGUAACUGAAUUCUUAAAGAAUUAUCUGUCAGAAACUAUCUUUAUUAGAAGAAGCUUAGUAAUGUGGCUGGAUAACAUGAGAUUGUCAUGUUGCUUUUCUAUUUUUUGUGCAAUAUAUUCAAAGUCAUAACAAAACCAGCUUGAGUAUGUCAUUUAAUCAUGAGUGAUGAAACAUUAAAAACACUGACACAUAACACUGGCAACAGAGGGUGUAAUGAAGGGAAGGGGUCACACUCUCAGACUAGGGGGUCUAAUACAGUCUUGGUCUCGAUCUGCAUCUGACAUAAGUCUUGCCACCUGUCAGACUGGCCGAUGAAUAUGGAUAUUAAUGUUACACAGUAUGUAAGCAGAGUCAGAGCCAGACACUUCUGGGGUAUGGUCAGGUGAUGGAAUGGUGGAUGGAGUGAAAAUUACAGAUGCCAUGGUGGGCCUUGUUGUUGGAAUGUGGGCAACACAUGUCCCCACACUGUUGCACAUGCUUUAUAUAAGCAUUUGGUUGAUUACAAUCCUUGGACAAUAGCAACAGUGAUAGUGGCAGUUUUUCACACAUCCUAGAUGGCAUUUAUAAAUUGUAUAAAUCACAAUCACUCAUAUUUUUCUUU